CAACGUUAAGGAAACAAACCGCUGUCAUUGUUCAACCGUGUCGAACGUGGAGGUAGUGUAUCGAGCGAAUUAUCCUGUUUCCUUCCUAUUACAGUUAAGGGUCAUAAAUCUACAUAGAUCGCGAUACGAGCCGUUCGAUAAUUCACUCUUUAAGGUCUAUUCACGCUCGUCGUCAUACAGACUCUAAAAGCAAUCGUCGAAGGACGUGCCGAUGGACACUCCUCGGCGCCAACCAUGGAUAUCAAGGAUAGCAGCGACGACGAAGACGAAAGAACGGGCGACAACACGAUGUUCGGUAAAUUCGACGAGGCGAUCGUGGUGCGUAAUGCUGAGGAGAUCAAGAGCCCGGUGAGCCGCGGGCUCGCGAGUUCCAGGAAGACCAGGAAAAGUACGACAAGCGACAGCACAAACACGUUGGCGUCUAGCUCGCCGCGUGGCAGCAAGCAUGAAUUUAGAAGACGCUCGAGUGACGUCGGCUUCGAGAAAUCGAUAGGAAUUGGCAGUGAUCCUUCGGAUAGUGAGGAGAGUGACGAUGAUGAUAUACAGGGUACCAGUGUCGCGAAGGCAAUCGAUCUUUAUGAUCCUAAGGAAUUUGAAAAUCUGGAUACCUCGAUGGAAGUUAAGGAAUUAUUUCAAAAUAUCCAAAGGUACACGCCACAGAGGAUCGAGCUCAAUUACAAGCUGAUGCCGUUCGUUCCCGAUUACAUACCAGCGGUCGGCGACAUAGACGCUUUCAUAAAGGUGCCGAGGCCUGACGGAGUCGAAGAUAAGAUAGGUCUGACCGUACUAGAUGAGCCCUGCACCAAUCAGUCGGAUCCAGCGGUGCUGCACCUACAGCUACGCAAUCAUUCCAGAAGCGCUGGCGCUGCCGUGAGACAGGCAGUCGUCAAAAGAAUAGAGGAUGCUGAGAAGAACAGCAAGUCGAUUGACAAAUGGAUUGAUGAUAUGAAUCAGCUGCACAGAAGCAAACAUCUACCGGGCGUGCAUAUGAACUGCGCGAUGCCGGACAUCGACGGACUAAUGCAGCAGUGGCCACCACAGGUGGAGGACAAGCUCAACGAAUUGCAACUAAAUUUAUCAGAGCUCGACUGCGAGCUGCCGCAACUGGUCGACGUGGUCUGCAAUCUCCUGGACAUUCCCACGCGAGAGAACACGCGACUGGAAGCCCUCCACACGCUGUUCACGCUCUACCUAGAAAUUAGAAACGUUGAAAACCGGAACUUUAGUUAGAAUUAAACAAAUCAGACUGUAGUUAAGCUUAAUGGACAUUUGACUCUAAACGACUCCAAAGACGCGUUCAAGGAACACGCUGAUGGUGCUAUGCAGCGCUGUUGCGUCAUUCUGUCUUUAUCGUUCAUUAAACGUAAAACAAGAAUAAAAUAACAUGAUAAUGCCUUCUCCAAACGCGUCUUAGGAGUCACGUCUGUUGUAUAACUCUAGUAUUAUUAAUUGAUACGUUUAUAACUCAAUAUGAAUUCUACAUUUGUAUCCAUGUAAAUGCAGACAGUGCAGACUUGAUAGUUGUAAGAUUUGACCGUAAACAAUCGUAAUUACAUCUCGAUAUUUCAAACAUCCACAAUCCUUCGAAUAAUUUAUCUGGUAUAUGUUAGCCUCGUUUCCUUGUAAUCUUUCAAUUUUUUUCGCUAAAAUAAUAAGAUUACAGAUUACAAAUAAAGAUCCAGGAAUAAAGAUUACAAUAUUAUUGCAUCCAGA